UAUGAAACUGGCUCAGUCAAUAUAGGACUAUUUUAUCAACACUGCAAUCACCUUUCUCAACUUGGCUGAGCCUGGUGUGGGCUUGCAGUACAGGAUGUUUAUCAAUGGUGAAUGGACUUUUAAGACCACUGAAGGGUUAUGGUGUUUACUCAAAUUUGUUGAUUGUGAAAACGAGAACCUUAAAUGCUACUGCUGAGAGGAAUUUUUAUUGGGUUGGUUAUUGGUCAUUGAUUGUGUUCCUUUUCUUACCUGUACUAGUGCAAAAUAUUUUGUGACGCACGGUCUUUAGGGGAGGAUGGGAGAGGAACCGAGAGUACGGGUACAUGUCAAUAGUUUAGUGGUCUAGAUAUGGAAAUAGGCUAGUAUGCCAGCUGGGGAGUUGCUGUCAACUGUCCGCUUAAUGUCUAAUCAGAAAAAGAAAGGAAUUUUUUACUGGGUGCCACCUAGUGGCUGGAUUAAGUCUCACAUGUUAUAGACAAGGCAUGCCUUGUAUAGUCAAUAUAGCGUGAAUGAAAUUGAUUUGAAGCCCCCACCCUGGACACAUACGGAUCUCUGGAAGGCAUGGAUAGGUAUAUACAGUAUGGCUGACAUUCUACAUAACAUAUCAGAGGGCAAGGUGGACCUAUUAACACGCUAACUCCAUAAUGGCUUUUGCCAAAUUAUAAAUCUGGUUGUCAGGGAAACGGGUAACUCAAUCUAGUUUCCCUUUCUGCUGAUAACGGUGUGAACUCCGCUCAGGCAGUUUCUUUUACGCCAGCUACAUUAGGUUAGUUUAAGCCAAACCAAUCCUUUAAAGCCCCAUUGCACAACAUCUGAUUGAAUGAACACGAAGUGUAAAAUAAUACAAGCGCUGGUUGAAAAUAAAAUCUAAACAGAACCUUCUCAGCAUGUUUGAAUGGGUGGGAAUUUCGGCUUGCCUAAUGACAUCAGCAAUUGGGGAAUGGGCCUAUAGCUAUAGUAGGGGCCAAUUUGAGAUUGUGCAAACCUUCUGAAAAGUGAUUGGUUAACCCAGGAUUCCACCUGUUCUCAAUUAAGUACUGAUUUUAACCUGAAGUUGUUUGGUCUUAUGUGGAGUUUGUUGCUUACUGAUAUUGGAAAUUCUGACUGCAAGUUAUCCUGUGUUUAGGUUCAUAUACAAUACUUCUAUUUUUUUUUUUUUUAUCAACAUUUGUUGGAGAGUAUUUUUCCUUGCUUGUAAACAAGCAAUCUAUUUCAUUCAACACUAUGGCUUCUUCCGGUCUCAUGACAACAAUCAUUGAUUUGACCCAUGAUGGCACAGUACUUGAUGCAAUGGAAUCUACAUGUAAUGAUCUCCAUGCAUGGAAUCCCCAUCGAGAUGUGCUCUCAGAACUCUCCUCUAUUGCUUCCAUGCAGAGUGAGGUGUUGGACACUGCAGAACAGCAGCAGCAGAAACACCAGCAGUUGAGGGUCUACCUAAGGGUGAGGCCCUUUUCCAAGGAUGAGAUCUCCAGCAAUGAGGACCAGGGUUGUGUGGUUCUUGAGAAUGCCAGGACCGUAAUGCUGCAUGCGCCCAAAGGCUCUGCUACCAUGAAGAGCAGUGAGAAGGGCGUUGGCCAGGCGAUACACACAUUCUCAUUCUCUCAGAUCUUUGGGCCCGAGACAAAGCAGGCAGAUCUCUUCGAAGGCACCAUCAAAAGCCAAGUUCACGAUUAUCUGGAGGGGAAGAAUGCUCUAGUCUUCAGCUAUGGUGUGACCAAUGCAGGCAAGACCCACACAAUUCAAGGAUCCCAGAAAGACCCUGGUAUUCUCCCCCAGGCGUUGGAUGUCAUCUUCAGACACAUCAAAGGGAGACAGUAUGAGAACAUGGAUCUGAAGCCAUACCUCGGUAGCGCUGCUCAGUACCUAGGGCCUGACCAGGUCCAACAGGAACGAAACACCAAAGCAGCUAUAUUUGCUCUACUCAAAGAGGAAAAUGAACCCCCACGCGUCAGUGGCGUUUCAUCCCACACGUCCUCUACUGGAAGCCUCUCCUUCUCAGUCUCCUACGAUAACACAGUUGAGUUUGUGGCUGCGCCUGGCGAUCGGGACCGGAGCCAGUUCACCCUGUGGGUGUCCUUCUACGAGAUCUACAACGAGAGCGUGUAUGACCUGCUGCAGGCGUCAACCACCUCCAAGACAAAGAGACGCACAGCCCUCCGUGUGUGUGAGGACAGUGCGGGAAACUCGUAUGUCAGAGAUCUAAAGUGGAUCAAUGUUCACAACUCCGAGGAGGCAUGCAAAAUUCUCAGAGUUGGAAAUAAAAACCGAAGUGCUGCUUCCACUAAGAUGAACCAUUCAUCAAGCAGAAGCCACAGCAUAUUUACCAUCAAAUUACUGAGAAUUGAUGGAACUGAGGUUCAAGCGAUGUCAGAACUCUCUCUGUGUGACCUGGCUGGCUCGGAAAGAUGCGGAAAAACUAAGACAUUUGGGGAAAGGCUGAAGGAAGCAGGGAACAUCAACAACUCUCUGCUCAUCCUGGGGAAAUGCAUCGCUGCCCUGCGCAGCAAUCAGAGUGACAGGAUGAAAAAUGGCUAUAUUCCCUUCAGGGAGAGCAAACUGACCCGUAUCUUCCAGUCCAUCUUCUGUGGGAAGGGCCGAGCCUCCAUGAUUGUGAACAUCAAUCAGUGUGCAUCCACAUAUGAUGAAACUCUCCAUGUCAUGAAGUUUUCUGCCAUCGCUAAGCAGGUGGUCCAGCUGAUCCCAACAAAGUGUCUAGAGUCUCUGACCCCGCGGCUGGUGGGGCGUGAUGGGAAGCCUCUACUGAAGAACGGGGUCAUCAACGACCAGGCUCUAGAGAACUACCUGUCUGAAGAAGAGCUGCUGGAUGAGGAUGAAGCAGACAUGUCCAUUUUACCCCAGGAGGAUCUGAUGAAUGUAAUUGAGAAUCUCAGGACCAAGCUCCUGGCUGAGCGACGGAAGAACUUGGUCCAGGAGAUUGACAUCCGCAAGGAGAUGGGAGACGCCAUGCUGCAGCAACUCAUGGAAAGCGAAGAACUCAGGAAUCGUCAGGUGGCUGAGCUGAAGGAGAGCUACCAGGAGAAGCUGGAGAACACAUUUGAGAUGUACAAGGAUGCCCUGAAGGACCAUGCCUACCAGAGGGCGCUGGAGCGCGUAGAGGAUGAUUACGUACCCCUUGAGGAGUUCAUCGCUGAGCAGGAGAAAGUAGAGGCACUAGAACAGAAGCUGUCUGAGAUGGAACGGAAGCUGUCUGAGAUGGAGCACAAGCUGUCAGGUUCCACAGUGGGUUCAUCUAUGGUUCCAACCAAAGAGAACUCGAGCCAGACAGAGAGCAUCUCACAACCACCACCUGUGGCUAUGCAGGAAGGGUUAACAGUCUCAGCAGGGGAUGUUCUCACAGCUGUUUCCAAAGAUGCAGAGCAACGCAAACUCCUUUUGAAAGAGAGUGCGAUGGAGAAACUCGGUGAGCAGAAAGAGCGGAUUGUGUCUUUGCAAAAAAGGAUUGCAGUUCUGAAUGAUGCACUACAUGAGGCCAGAGAACGCUUAUUUGACAAAACGUCAGAAAUAGAUACUUUACAUAAGAAGCUAGCUGACCAGUGUAAUCUCUGUUUUCAGGCACAGGAUCUGGAGAGUAUAGGUAAGAGCAGUCUGGAGAAGGACAAAGAACUGGCAUUGUUAAAAGAAGAGCUGGCCAAGCUAUCCCAGAAGUCCCCUGUCCUGCCCAAGCGGGGUUUCAUGGCCAACAUUAGGGAAUCUGUGACGUCGCCACGAACAAGCACCAUUACCAGGACACUGAGGAAAUCUGUCCGGACCACACCCUUGCUGAAAAGGCCCUUCCACUAACUACAGUCUUCCCCCGUUUUUAAAAAUGUUUAGGGCUCUUCAAUCUGUCUCGUUGAAGUGUUACAGAUUGCGUGAAAUUAAUUUCCAAUUGCUUUAAUGUGCAGUGUUUACGGUCUCUGAAAUGGAAAGGAAAUGUUUCCAAAUUGCAAUCACAAUUUAACGCUGAACUUCAGCGAUGUGGAUUGAAUAGAGCCCUUUUAUUUGUUGUUGUAAGUCUUAAAUAAAAUUCUACUGAAUAUUUCUGAUCCAUUUCAUUGGGAGACCAUAUCUGAAAGAAUAUGACAAUUUUUAUAUGGCUUUCAAGUGUAAUUUUAACUUCUCACGGAAUGCAUAAGUACAUUGCAGCUCUUUCGCUAUGUUUGAAGUUGGUUCGUCAAAGUGGAGAAAGCUGGACAUCACGUUGACAUUCAGGUGCCAUACAAAUGGUCUUUAGUCACAAGUUCUCUUCAUCUAGUACCUUUGGUCCAGGGCCUUGCACAGACCUUUGUGCUUAAACUUAACGGGCACCCCAAUUUAUUUUUAACGGAAGUCAAUCUUGUUGAGCAAUUACAAGGGGGAAAGCAUUACAACUACUUUGAACUAAAAUAAAUGCUGCACCUUAAUGACAACACAAUUCCAGUCAAUAGAGCCCCACAGUAGUCAUAUCCAUACAGCCUAGCUAUCAAACAGGAUAAUGGUUCCAGUUUUUUCCACCAUUCAUUGUUCCCAUAAGGGAUUUUAAAAACACUUAAAAUAAGAUGUUUCAUGUAGGCUGGCGUGAUAACAUGUAAAUUUCUCGGACAAGGGGACUUUAAUCAAAGAAAUUCCACAAAUUAAGGCACUCUUAAUUGAAAUGCAUUCCAGGUGACUACCUCAAACGCCAAGGGUGGCUACUUUGACUUGUUUAACACUGUGUGGGGGUUACUACUUGAUUCCAUGUUUUAUUUUAGGUUAUCUACACUAUUAUUCUACAAUGAAAAAAAAAGAAACCCUGGAAUGGGAGGUGUAAACUUUUGACUUGUACUGUAUAUAAAAAGUUUAUAGAUCUGACUUAUAUGUAACUUUUCUAAAAUGUACCUCAAUCAUUUUGUUCGAGUGAAAAAGUUGAUUUAGUUGCAAGACUAGGCAUCCAGGGAAAAUGUUUAGAGAAAAACAGGUGACCGUUUCUGUGAGAAUUACAGGAGGGGGCGUUUACCCCCAAGUUAACCUAUACAGUGCCGUCAAAGUAUUCACACCCCUUGACUUAAUACAUCUGAAUUCAAAAUGGAAUGUCUUUUCUCACCCAUCUACAACCAAUACCCCAUAAUGACAGUGAAAACAUGUUUUAAAGUCCCCUUUGGCCUCGUGAAAUCCCUGAGCGGUUUCCUUCCUAUCUGGCAACUGAGUUAGGACGCCUGUAUCUUUGUAGUGACUGGGUGUAUUGAUAAACCAUUCAAAGUGUAAUUAAUAACCAUACUCUAAGAUAUAUUCAAUGUCUGCUUUUUAUUUUAUUACCCAUCUACCGAUAGGUGCCCUUUGCGGUUGAA